GAAAGAGAGAAGAGAGAGAGAGAGAGAGAGAGUCCACCCACUUCUCUCUCUAGCGUCUUGUCUCGAUCGGCUUUGAUGGAGAUAGAAUUCAGCAGUUGCCUCUCGAGCACGCAGGGUUAGGGUUUCGGCUUGCGAUCGCCUCAAUCUCUCAGCCAUGGAGCCCCGCGUCGGCAACAAGUUUCGGCUCGGUCGUAAGAUCGGAAGCGGAUCGUUCGGGGAGAUUUAUCUCGGGACCAAUGUUCAGACGAACGAGGAAGUUGCAAUUAAGCUCGAACCUGUCAAGACUAAGCAUCCUCAAUUGUUAUACGAAGCAAAGUUGUAUAAAAUACUUCAAGGAGGAACUGGCAUUCCAAAUGUGAGAUGGUUUGGUGCUGAAGGAGACUACAACGUCCUUGUGAUGGACUUACUGGGCCCCAGUCUUGAAGAUCUGUUUAACUUUUGCAGUAGAAAAUUGUCUCUCAAAACUGUUCUCAUGCUUGCAGAUCAGAUGAUCAAUCGGAUUGAAUUUGUUCACUCUAAAUCAUUUCUUCAUCGAGAUAUAAAGCCAGACAAUUUCCUCAUGGGUUUGGGGAGGCGUGCGAAUCAGGUCUACAUAAUUGAUUUCGGUUUAGCAAAGAAGUAUAGGGACACAUCAACCCAUCAACAUAUUCCCUACAGGGAAAACAAAAAUUUGACGGGAACUGCGAGAUAUGCGAGCAUGAAUACUCACCUGGGCAUUGAACAAAGCCGCAGGGAUGAUUUAGAAUCACUUGGAUAUGUCUUAAUGUACUUUCUGAGAGGAAGCCUUCCAUGGCAGGGACUUAAAGCAGGAACAAAGAAACAGAAGUAUGAGAAAAUCAGUGAAAAGAAAGUUUCAACUUCUAUUGAGGCCUUAUGCCGGGGCUAUCCAUCAGAAUUUGCAUCGUACUUCCAUUAUUGUCGAUCGUUGAGGUUUGAUGACAAACCAGAUUAUACUUAUUUGAAGAGACUUUUCCGGGAUCUUUUCAUCCGUGAAGGUUUUCAGUUUGAUUAUGUUUUCGACUGGACCAUUUUGAAAUAUCAACAAUCACAGAUUGCUACUGCUCCUCCUCGUCCUCUUGGUUCUGGUGCUGGACCGAGUUUUGGUGGAACUUCCCCUGCUGUCAAUGCCGAUAAGCAAUUAGGUGGUGAAGAUAAUAGACCCGGUGGUUGGUCUUCAGCAGAGCCUUCUCGGAGGAUGCAUUCUGGACCAAUAGCGACAUCUGGAAUUUUAUCUAAACAAAAGAAUCCAGCUGCAAAUGAUCCUGCUAUCCCUAGAGAUGCUGUGCCAUCCAGUUCUAACUUUUUGUGGUCAAGUGGAUCAUCUAGGAGAGUGGCUGUCUCUAGCAGUCGUGAAGCGGUUAUUUCUGGGAAGGAAUCUGAUCCUUCUGGCCUGCAUACAGCAGAUAUGAACCCUGGAGCAUUCCAAAAGUUUCCUAGUGGCCAGAGAAGUUCGCCUAUUGCAUCAUCAGAGCAGAAUCGUCCUUCUGGUAAAAGUGCCUCAAACACGAAGAAUCUUGAGUCCACACUUAAGGGUAUUGAGAGCUUGCACUUCAAUAAUGAUGAGAAAUUGCGGUACUAGUGACUUCCCAUCUCUCUGUCCACGCCCUUUGUAUAUUCUAUGCAAUUACCUCGUCAUCAUUGCCCGGAGUUUUUUAAAGCCUGUAUAUACUGCUUGAAGAAAGAUGCAUUUGUCAAGACUGGUGUUACUGUGAGCUUCUGCAUCCAACCGCAGAAUAAGUGGUAGAAUGCAUCUUCUGCAAAAGAAUCCAUCCAGACGCUCGGUUUUGUUUUCAUUUAUUUGGUUUGACUGGUCAUAAGGUCAUUGGCUGGUGAAACUAGAUUUACACUUGCUGACUAUAGGUAACUAUUAGUAAGUGAAAUGUCUCAUGAAAGAUGAUGACUGUUGUACUUUUACUGGGAUGUUUUUGAUUGCACAUAAUCGAAAAUUGUAGCGUGUUCAAAUGA